UAUUGCAGGCCAUCAUAUCGAAAGAACGUUUGGGGCAAUUCAUUAAGCAUUUCAGGGCUGCUUUUAUAAGAAAGUUUGCAACUGAGGCCUAACCACUUGUAAGCUAAUUUCUAAUCUAUCGGAGUUAUGGAAUCCAGAUAUUAUUUUAUUGCUUUAUGGUUCAUCGGCGGAAUGAAUACGAUUUCGGCAUCACCAACGCCUCUAGGACCAUGUGAUCCGAUCAGCGCCAAGACUGGGUGCAGUCAGUGUUCAGAACGUGGUCCCUGUCUAGAUGAUACUUUUCCGUUUGAGCCUGGUUACUUCAACAGUACCAACGUUACAAUCACGUGCAGAGUGGGCGGGCACUGUAUAUCGGGAUCAGUCCCAAUCGAUCCUUGGCUAACCUUCGCUCUCAAGACUCAAAGAGAGAUACAGAUUGAUGAGCCGUUAGAGAUGCUUCAGCUAUUUGAUGCUCACAACGCAUUUAACAGCAGGGCUGACGGGUAUGCUGAUUAUGAUACUUGUCAAUGGCCCCCUCCCUACGAUCCACUGUGCGUGGGUGUAGCCAAUCAAGAAUUUGCAUUCACUGACCUGCUGAACAUGGGUGUACGUGGACUUGAGAUAGAUAUUUGGUGGUGCUAUGAUGAGAUGAGAAUGGCUCAUCUUAAUUUGGAGUAUUCAUUAGUAUGUCUGCCAACAAAUCGACUAUUCCGAGAUGGCUUAAAGGAGAUCGGUGAUUGGUUUGAUGUACCCGGCAAUGAGAAUGAAAUUCUUCGCCUAUACAUCAACGAAAAAUAUAACCAAUCACACGAUGACAUGGUGAACGGACCAAUCAAAAACUACCUUGGAGAUCGAGUUCUAACGCCCAACGACUUGAAAGAUGAAUUCAAAGGAAAAUGGCCAACAAUGCGUAGGAUGAGAGAGACAGGAAAAACUGUUGUUAUUACGAAUUCAAAUUCUGAUUUUAUGCACGGGGGUAUAUACUUUCAUCCCAUAUACUGGAGCGAUCGAAGUGUAAGAAACUUUGAUGGUUAUCCUAAUUGCAAUGGACGAACCGCCAAUACUGCGUUGCGUUUCUAUGGUGAUUUACAAAUUUACAACAAUAUCCUUUUGUCUUGCAGGCCUUUCUACAAUGGUCCACGGUCCACAGGUGUUCUCUUUAAUCUAACAGAUCAUGUGCGUUGCGGUGUUCAAUUCCCUGCUGGCGAUAUGAUCAACCCAGACUUUAUGCGCACCGGGGUCUACACAUGGGACGAAGGUGAGCCUAGUAUCGAACUCACGCAACAAUCAUGUGUGUUUAUCAGCCUAUCCACCAGACGAUGGCAUGCUACAAACAAUUGUGAACAAAAGUUGUCGAUUGCUUGCCAAAGUACUACUGAUCAAGAUAUCUGGUUGCUAGGGAGGAAAAGUGGGGCGUUUGGAAACAAGGAAUGCAAGACUGGAUACACGUACAGUAUUCCCAAAAACGGAUUCCAACAAGAAAAGAUUCUUGAAUUACUGACAUCCCAAGACAAUGAGGUGUGGAUUGACUACAGCCCCUGGUUGCCACAGGACAGUCCUGGUUCAGCGGCUCCUCUUGCCACAUUUAAGUCGGAAAUACUAAAAAAUGUAGUUAUGACCAUAGCAUUAUUCAUUUUCUUUUUCUAGUUGUGGAGUAAAUUAUAGCGGCCAAAACCAGGAAUAAAACAAUAAUCCAUAACUUUAUAUUAUCUACUGAUCUGGCUGAAUUAAAUUGAGCAAUUGCUUGAAAAAACUGCAGGCCUAUUAACAAAUGAAGAAUAAACGAAACACUCAGUUGAGAGUCCUGAGAAAAGGUAGAAAAUAAGGCCAUACGACAAUGUUAUGCGAUCGUUUUGCUUUUCAAUAUAGAUUUUAAAAUGGUCUUUGUUGUAUUUGUGUGUAUUUUCUACAUUUUAGGCAGACACAUUAUUGGUU